AUGUACCUCUAGACUGCGAGGAACAACGAACGGAAAAACAGCUGUAUCUCGAUUCAUCGCGUCAACGGUCGAGCAAAUUGGAGGCGUUUGAAGGUGCCUUCUCCGUUUUUCAAGAGCGAAAGACGGUGUGCAGAGCAUAUGAAGGUCCGAUCCACGUUUUAAAUCAGGACCAGUUGAAUGCAAAGCUCCGGCUUGGAUGUUGCUUCACAUGGGAGACGUCAAUAUGGCUCAGGUUCUGACGGACUGGAAUUUUACUGUUACCGUCGCGGUCAUGGUGGUCCUUGCUACCGCAUUGUACAAAUGGCGCCUGUGGAAACUUAGCUUGUUCAAGCGGAUGGGAAUCCCUGGCCCUACGCCCCACUUGAUCACCGGGAACUUCGACCAGUUGUGGACUAGCGACACAGUAAAGGUGAUGGAUAACUGGUCGAAACAAUACGGUGACAUGUACGGGAUCUACAACGGCGACGCACCCUUUCUCAUGGUGAAGGACCUAGAGCUGAUUCAGCGGGUCUUUAUCACAGAUUUCUCCCUCUUCAUGGAUCGUGGGGAAGUAUGGUCGACCAUGAGUGGGAACCAGUACAUAUGCCGCGCCCUGUCUUUCGUCGCGGGCAAUCAAUGGAGGUUCAUCAGGCGACCUGUAUCGGCGGCCUUCACCGGGUCCAAGAUGCGACUGAUGAUGCCCGCUAUGAACGAGGCUGUGGAUCGCUUCAUCGAUCUGCUGGAAGAGCGGUGCCUCAAGGCGCCUGAUGGAGCAGCCAACAUCCACGCGCUCAUUGGCUCCCUCGCUUUUGACGUGGUGGCCGAGACGGCGUGCGGUCUAUACCUGGACGUGCAACACAAGGUCAAUGACGAGUACUUCGAGUCGGCGAGGUCUUACGUUCUCAACACCGUCGAAAGUGCAUACCAGAGGAUCGGCCAGUUCUUCUCUCGGGUCAGGAGCAUCUUGGCACUCACAUGCAUGCUGGAGCGUCAUUUCGGCGGUGAACCACUGACAGCUUUGGCACGGAAGUCAGAGCCAGUCGUUGUACUCAGGGAGAAGGAUCAAAGUCUGGCUCGUGCAGAUGUGAUACAGAGUCUACUGAACACCAAGGUUCCCGAGGAGCUCCUCAGAUGGCGCCACUUCCGUGAGCGUACCGAUAACAAAGGAAACUUCUUGAUGCCUCUUAAAGAUGUCGCAACCAACGCCGCUACCCUACUUACGGCUGGGUUCGAGACUGUUUCAGCCAGCGGAUCCAUCUGCGCCUUCUGUAUUGCCAGGCACCCGGAGGUGCAGGAGAAGAUCAGGCGAGAGGUGAACGCCGUCUACGAGAAAUACGAAGGCUUCACCUACGACGCCAUUAAAGACCUCAAAUACACAAGGCAAACCAUUGAUGAAUGUCUGCGUCUUUACCCAUCGGUCAUUGCAUUCACAUCAAGGAAGGCGUCCUGCGAUUAUCCUUACAAAGACAUGGUUCUGCCGAAGGGCAUCAGUAUUAUGGCUUGCACAGAGCAAAUACAUAAGGACCCUCGAUUUUGUGACCACCCGGAAGAGUUUGACCCUGACAGAUUCUCUCCGGAACAGAAGGCAUCCAGGCAUCCACUGGCCUUCCAACCUUUUGGUGCCGGUGCCCGGAACUGCGUAGGCAUGAGGUUAGCUCAGGUCGAACUAAUCCUCAUUGUUGCGAAGCUUGUGCACAAGUUCCGGCUGCACUUAGGUUCCAAACACGCAAAUGUAAGUAAGCCUCGUGCUGUGUUCCGUAAGUACCCAUGACAGUAAAAUCUUUCG